AAUCAUGUGAGUCCCAGUUAAACUAGCCGUUACAAAAAAAAACGAGUCUUCUUCAACUAUAACACUCUCAAUUUCCGCAAUUAUCUCAAAAUUUCUCAAUCCCUUUCAUUUUUCAUCAUUCUAAUCGUCGAUUAAAAUCGCAACCACUUUUUCCGGCGAACAUGGCUUCAACCACCACCACCACCACCGGAGAAACAAUGACUCCAUCACGUGUAUGUAGAUCCAAAUCUCAACAAACACCUAAACACACUGAGAAUGUAAACCCUAAUACUCCACCACCUUCUUGUUCUUCGAAAAAGCCGCGGAAUCCGAUAAACCCUAAUUCAGUUCGAAAUAAAUUGCGGCAGAGGAAAUUCGUUGUUGUGGCGAAGAAGAAACAGAAGGAAAUUGGAAAGGAAGGUGGUUCUCAACCUUCUGGUGAUGGUGAUGUAGAUUCUAGGGUUUUGAUUUGUAAUUGUAAAGAGAAGAAUAGGAAAUGUGUUUGUGUAGCUUAUCAUAAUCUGAGAAAGUCUCAAGAAGAGUUUUUCAAGAAUCGGGAUCACCAAGAGGAAGAUGAUGUUGAAGAUGAAAUUGGUGAAAUUGAUAGUGUAGUUGUUGAAAAAGAAGUUGAAAAACAAGGAGAAGGUUUGAUUGUGAAGAGAAGUAGGGAUAGAUUGAGGGAAGAGGUAAGAGAGAGUGUGACUCAAAUUGGGUCCGGGAAAGUUAAGAAUUUGGUUAAGGCUUUUGAGAAGCUUCUAUUUGAACCUGAUUCUAAGGAUGAAGAUCAAAAAGAAGAGGAUGAUAAGAAGGUUUCUGGUUCUACAUUUUGUCCAUCAGAUUUGAUUUUGACAUCUCAAAAUCUUGGUUUGGAUCCGCGUGCCUCGAUCUCUUCUUCUUGGGAUGGAUCGCGUGGCAGUUUGACUUCUAGAGGGGGUAGAAGCAGCAGGAGAAAUAGCUUGGAAUCAUCAACGACCACUGUUGGGGGAACGAGGAGGUUGAGAAAGAAGCUGCCAAAAGUCACCCGUCCAGAACCAUUCAAGCUUAGAACUGACCAAAGGGGAAAGGUUAAAGAGGAGGUAUUUGAACAAAAGGUACAACAGAUGAAGACAGAAGAAGAGAAACAAAGGAUUCCUGUUGCACAAGGUCUUCCUUGGACAACAGAUGAACCCGAGUGCUUGGCAAAGCCUCCGGUCAAAGAAAUUACAAUACCUGUUGACCUGAAGCUUCAUACUGAUAUGCGGGCAUUGGGUCGCGCCGAGUUUGAUGAACAGGUGGCAGAAAAAUUGCUCUUAAUAGAGCAAUAUAAAUUGGAAAAGGAGAGACAACAGAAGUUGGCAGAAGAAGAAGAAAUCAAAAGGUUGCGGAAGGAGCUUGUUCCAAAAGCACAACCUAUGCCAUAUUUUGACAGACCCUUUAUCCCAAGGAGAUCAAUGAAGUGUCCUACUCUACCUAAAGAACCCAAGUUUCAUAAGAAGGUGAAAUGCAGCAGCAGCUCAUCAUCAUGGAGUGGCAUGAACUCAUACUCCUCCUGCCUUAACUAAGCUUCCCAAGUCACCUUUUGAUGUUAAUUUUGUAGUGAAUAUGUUCUUUUCAUCCUUUUCUCUGAAUAAUGUUGAAUUUAUCUACAUUGCAACCAAUUUAGUUGCACAGGCUUUGGUCUUUUGUACAGUGUUUAAAAAGAUUGAAGCUUGAGCAUCAAUUCAUUUGAUCAAUCAAUAAAAUGUUUUGUUACUGCUGGAAUUAAAUGUUUACUUUUACAAAACAAUUGAAAACUUUUAAUGUGUAAACAUAAUAUAGUCUUAUUUCUGUAGGAAUGGAAAAAUAAUCUAGGAAAACAAUUUAUUGGAAGUCUGAUCAAUUAUGUUAUCUUCUUCUUCCUCCAAGGAAUCUGUCUCUCUGGCCCUAUACCUUCCACAAUUGGAAAUUUGAUAUUGCUCACUGUGCUGGGAUUAUCCUCUUUCAAAAUGGUAGCAUUCCCA